AUGCACAGGUCGCGGCUGAUAAUACGCACAUCGCGGUGGCGCACGAGACACGCUCAGACCACAGGCGAUCCAGAGGACGCCGCAUUUCUCGCGCCGGAGGACGCCGAAUUCCUCGCGCUCCUCACCUCCACGCUCACCUCCGCCCGCGCGUCCGCCUCCCCCGCCCCGCUUCCUCUGCUGCGCCCGUUGCUCUUCCGGCUGCAGGACCGCGCCCUCCUCGCGCGCGUCCGCGAGCGCGUGCUAGGCGUGCUCGGGGGAGGAUCGGAGGGCGAAGGUGGCGAACACUCAUCACACGCGGGUCCAUCGGCGCAGCCGCCCGACCAGGAUGAGUCCGCAACAGCAAAUGCCACAACAGCGAGUCCCACAACAGCGAAUCCCACAACAGCGAUUUCCAGCGAUAACUCGACGCCGCUCACGUCAAAUCCGACCCCUUCCAUCCGCGCGCACUUCCGCGAGUCGCUCGCGCGGGCGCUGUUCGGCGGGGACGAGCUCCUGCGGCUACGGCUCAAGCUCGCGGUGGCGGAUUUCAUGAGGAAAAACCUCUCCACCAGCACCUCCCCCUACUCCCUCAACGACCCCAGCAACGCCAGCGCCCCCCUUUCCGAUCCGGACGUCCUCGCGCACCACCGCACGUCCACCCUCCUCGCCGCGAUCGCGCAGCGCGUGCAGGGUAUCAUCAUCGCGCAUGUGGUGGCCGUGGUGCCGUUCUUGGGAGCCCCCGACCUCCCCUUCGCCCUCCGCCUCGCCCUGCAGGCCACGCUCCCCGGCUCCCCGGCCGCCCUCGCCGCGCGCGGGCGCGAGCUCCUGCACGCGCUGCGGGCGAGGGGGCUGCUGUCGGAUGCCGAUCUUGCAUAUCUGGCAGGGCUGGGGCGGGCGCAGGCGGAUAGGGAUGUGGGCGAUGGAGAGGCGAUGCGAGCCGGCAGCGCGUACCGGCUCGACUUCCUCCCGCGCGCCGCGCGCUGCUGGGUGGUGGACGAGCUGCUGCAGAGCGUGGGGCGGUGCAUCGUGUGCGGGGGUGGGUUUGUGAGUGUGUUGUGA